AUGCAAGCGGCGUCCCUUAGAGGCGAGGCGCCUCUUAGUUUGGAGGCGCCUCGUAGAGGAGUGGCGCCCGCCUCACUCCGCAGAGGAGUGGCGCCCGAUUCACACCACAGAGGAGUGGCGCCCGAGUCACACCACAGAGGAGUGGCGCCCGAGUCACACCACAGAGGAGUGGCGCCCGCCUCACACCGCAGAGGAGUGGCGCCUGCCUCACACCGCAGAGGAGUGGCGCCCGACUCACACCGCAGAGGAGUGGCGCCCGACUCACACCGCAGAGGAGUGGCGCCCGAGCGCAUCUUAACAGGGGAGGCGCCUCUUAGAGGAGAGGCGCCCCUUACAGCAGAGGCACCGCUUAGAGGAGAGGCGCCCCUUACAGCAGAGGCACCGCUUAGAGGAGAGGCGCCCCUUACAGCAGAGGCACCGCUUAGAGGAGAGGCGCCCCUUACAGCAGAGGCACCGCUUAGAGGAGAGGCGCCCCUUACAGCAGAGGCACCGCUUAGAGGAGAAGCGCCCCUUACAGCAGAGGCACCGCUUAGAGGAGAGGCGCCCCUUACAGCAGAGGCACUUCUUAGCGGAGAGGCGCCCCUUACAGCAGAGGCACCGCUUAGAGGAGAGGCGCCCCUUACAGCAGAGGCACCGCUUAGAGGAGAGGCGCCCCUUACAGGAGAGGUGCCCCUUAGAGGGAGAAGCGAGGGGAGUGGAGGAAGCGAGGUGGGAGAGGAGGGAAGGAUGGCCCUUAGGAGGAGGAAGCGUGGGGAGUGGAGGAAGCGAGGUGGGAGAGGAAGGAAGGAUGGCCCUUAG